AUGAUUAUGAACACCUGGUUGAUAGUAGUCAUGAAAUCUAAUAAAAUCUUUAUAUCUGCUAUUAUUAUAACUAUUGUUUUUAUAUUAAUAUGGUUAAAUAUUAUUUUUUUGUUUAAUGAUAUUACUGAUUUUCAUAAUAUUUCAUUAACAGAAAUAAAAAAUUUUAGAAUUAAAACUGAUGGAGUAUGGAAUGAAAUUGUUAUUAUAAAUGAAAAAAUUGAUAAAAAUGAUAUUUUGAGAAUUAAAAGACAAUAUGACAUGAGUCCACCAAUGACAGUUUAUGGACAAUCAUUACAUGUAACUCAACAAACAUCUUGUUUACCAGGUGAAAUUGGUCCUCCAGGAAAUGAUGGAUUAGAUGGAAUUCCAGGUGAGAAUGGUAUGGAUGGUCUUCCAGGAAUGAAUGGAAAUAUUUUAAAUAUAAAUACUAAAUCAAUACCAUGUGAAGCUUGUCCAAUUGGACCUCCUGGAUUACCUGGUCAAGAUGGGCCUCCUGGUUUAAAAGGAAUCAAUGGGGAUCCAGGACCACCAGGACCUCCAGGAAAACCAGGAAUAUUAGGACCUAGAGGUGAACAAGGAGAUCCAGGGCCAAUUGGUUCACCAGGAAAAGAUGGAAUGCCUGGUAUUCCAGGAAAAGAUGGAAAAAAAUACAUUGUUGUAAACGGACCACCAGGAAUGCCUGGUUUACCAGGAAAGAUGGGUAGAAGUGGCAAACCAGGAAUAAAAGGACCAGAUAAUCUUGUUGGACCUGUUGGACCAAUUGGACCUGCAGGAUUACCAGGAAAAAAAGGUUCUGAUGGUAUUCCAGGAGUUCAAGGUCAACCAGGUACUUUAGGAGGUGAUGCAGCAUAUUGUCCAUGUCCACCAAGAAUAAUAAUUAACUAUACAACUACACUUAAAUCUUUACCUGUUGAAAAAAGUAAACCACUAACAACUAGAAAACCUCCAUUAUUAAUAUUACCAGAAUUAAAACCACUUCCAAAAUUAGAAAACAAUUAUUUUAAUAAUAAUUUGGAUAAUUAUGUAGCACCGAAAACUGGAAGAAGACUUUAUUUUGCACGUAAUUUCAUUAUCAAACAUCCAAUAAGAAUAAAACAUAUAAAAUAUUAA